AUGUCUAAUCUUUUACACCACAAUAUUGUGAUAUUUUCAAACAAGGUGAAGUGCCAAAUUGCCCCAACUGUGAAGAGAAAGCUAAAACUGACUGUAAUCCUUUAUGGUGAUUCACAUCCUAAAGGAUUAGAAAUUGGCCAAAUCUCAGCACACGAUCAAGAUAAAGCCAAUUGUUUGGUAAUAAUGGGAACUUCUUUAAGAAUUCCUGGAGUAAAAGCUCUUAUAAAAGACUUUGCUAAAGCAGUUCAUGAAUGUAAAAGGUUAUAUGAUAUUG